GGCGCCCAGCGGGGUGGCGCACCCCCGGCCCAGCGCGGAGGCUUCGGGGUGCUGCAGCUCCGCGCGCGGGGCGGCCCGACCGCAACCCGAACGGCCCCGCCCCCGUCUCAGCGGGCGCGCGUUGCCGGGCAGCGCCGGACGCGGCCGGAACCCGCUGGAACCCGGCGGGCUUGGCCUCCACCUCGGCCUUCGAAGGCCUCGCUGGACCCAGGCCCAGGCCUCGCCAUGCCCCGGGGGAGACGCGGGAGCCGGGUGAGCGCCCUGGAGGGCGGCCGGGAGGAGGAGGCGCCCCCGGCGCGGCCCCAGCCUCCCGCCGAGACCCAGGCGGCGCCCGAGCGGAUCCUGCUCCGGGGCAUCUUCGAGAUCGGGAGGGGCGGCUGCGACGUGGAGCUGGGCGAGCGCGUCCUGCGCUGGCGCCCGAUUCGGCCCCAGCGCCCCGUGGGUGACUCCAAGUUUGAUCUGCUAUGUGAAGAAGACUCUCUUGAUCUCAAAGAUGUAUUUUCAGUGAAACUGAAACGGCGUUGUUUCUUUAAACCUCAAAAAAGAGGCACUUUGCUAGGCAUCACACUUUUCAUCUGCUUGAAAAAGGAACAAAAUAAGUUAAAGAAUUCUACACUUGAUCUCAUUAAUUACAGUGAAGACCACUGUGCCAUAUGGUUUAGAGAGCUGAAGAAAAUUUUGGCAGGUUUUUCAAACAGGCCAAAGUCAUUAAAAAUAUUCCUUAACCCACAAAGUCAUAAAAAAGAAGCUUCCCAGGUCUACUAUGAGAAAGUGGAGCCUCUACUGAAGCUGGCGGGGAUAAAGACUGAUGUGACAGUAACAGAAUACAAAGGCCAUGCGCUGUCCCUGCUUAAGGAAUGUGAGCUCCAGGGAUUCGAUGGUGUUGUCUGUGUUGGUGGAGAUGGAUCUGCUAGUGAAGUGGCCCAUGGUUUACUUCUCCGAGCCCAGGAGAGUGCGGGGAUGGAAACAGACCAGAUCUUCACUCCCGUCAGAGCGCAGCUUCCCCUCGGCUUAAUACCGGCAGGAUCUACUAAUGUACUGGCACAUUCUCUUCACGGAGUCUCUCAUGUGGUAACUGCAACUCUGCACAUUAUAAUGGGACACAUACAGCCUGUGGAUGUCUGCACCUUUAGAACCAGUGACAAGCUGCUUCGCUUUGGGUUCGCAGCCAUGUUUGGCUUUGGUGGAAGAACGCUGGCCUUGGCAGAGAAUUACCGAUGGAUGUCCCCCAGCAAACGGAGAGACUUUGCUGUGAUUAAGAGCCUGGCAAGACUUAAGCCUGAGGACUGUGAAAUAUCAUUUUUUGCACUUAAAGGCUCUCAGAAUGAAGGAGAAAGGAUGGCACAGAAAUCUCCAAAAUCUGGCUGUACUGAGCAAUGGCAGACAGUCCAAGGUCAGUUCCUGAAUGUCAGCAUCAUGGCAAUUCCUUGCCUGUGUUCAGUGGCACCCAGAGGCUUGGCACCUAAUACCAGAUUAAAUAAUGGAAGUAUGGCUCUUAUAAUUGUACGGAAUACUUCUCGGUCAGAAUUUAUAAAACACUUGAAAAGAUAUGCCAGCGUGAAGAAUCAGUUCAAUUUUCCAUUCGUUGAGACUUACAAUGUGAAAGAAGUAAAAGUCUUUCCAAAGAAUACCGCUGGAUACUGUCCAGAGGAGGAGGCUGGACCUCGGGAAACUGCUUCCGGAAACACCACUUUCCCUUGGAACGUGGACGGCGACUUGAUGGAAGUUGCAUCAGAAGUCCAUGUUAGAUUACACCCAGGACUUAUCAGUUUUUAUGGAGGAAGCAUGGAAGAAAUGAAUGAUUCCAAAGUAACAUGCACUUGUUUAUAAAGUAUGUAAAGUAGCAUUUUAAAUGGAAGGACUUGGUCAUAGUUUAAACAGAGUCAUAGUUUAAAUGCAUUUUCAAAGAAAUUAAAGUUUGUCUGUUUGGUGCUACUAAAAAGUAGUUGCCAAGGCUUUGAAAACCAAGAUUAAAUAACAUAAAGUAAAAAAGUUCAUUUUUAGAAGGUGUUUAUUGGAAGUAAAAGUAAAUAUUUCAUGCCUUUAAUUCUAAAGCAAAAUCAUUUGAGUUGUUUUGUUUUUCAGGAUUUAAGCCCAUCAACUCUGAGGUCAGAUUCCUACAGCCUGACAUAAACAGAUCUCUUAGGACCACACUGAGAGGUAACUAAUCCUGAGGAGUUAAACUUCAAAAUCGCACAAGUAGUCAGUGGUAUGUCCAAAAACAGAACUCUCUCACAAAAACUUUGUACUACUCAGAUAACCUUCUAAAAAAAAAAAAAAAGACUGUAUAAAUAGGGUUUAAAAUUCAUCACAAACUUUAUAACAAAUUUUCUUUACAACUGCAUAAAGUACCUAACUGGAUGCAAGUUAGUUCACCAGGUUACUUUGCCCUUCUUGAACUAGAAAGGCAUGCAUCUGGCAGUGAUGGCGCCUGGCUUUCAGUACAAACAACCAAGUUUUAGUUUCCUCAGAGACAACAGUUCUCUAAAGCUGUUAGAUUUUGACACAUGAACCUAGCUAUUCUAAAAGAACUAAAAUUUUUAAUAAAAGGAUAAAAAUAUAUCCUUUGCACAAAUGUUAUUUAAAAUAUGUACAAGCAAAACUAAAUUUGCCACAUAUACUUGCUUUGUGCUUAAGUUUUAUUGCUCAGAUGCCUUCAAAAAUCUCUACAUUCCCCAUUCUGUAGCCACCAGUCACAGAGCAGAGGCUUAGCAAUGGAUAACUUUCACAAGGCGGGAAAUCUGAGGAAGUAGACAGCUGGCAGCAAAGACUUCAUGUAAAGCAAUAUUUUCCAGAGUAGGACAGACUAGUCUCUUAUUUAUUUGAUCACUGCCUCUAACAGAUGCUCAAAAAUUUGACCACAGUUUUCUUAUACAUAUAAAGAGAUCUACAUGAAAUAAAUAUUACAAAAUGAAUGUACUUGAAAAUGCAUUUAAAUUAUUUAAAAUUCAGCAAGAAGCUGUUUUAAAAUAUAACCUCUUACAAUAUUAAAAAUUUUAGCUACCACCCCCCAGCUCAUAGAAAUUUUGAUGUCACCUUUAUGUUCACUAUAUAGUUCAGAUGUGUAUUUUUCAACUGUCUGUGAAAUGUGUUACUCCAUAUCUAUGGAGAAUGCAUUUAUAGGCCUGAUUAAAACACUUAUUUGCUUAAUUUAGAAUAGUAUUUUAUACAGUACCCAGUAUCUGAAAUAUGGACCCCAAAUCAUUCUUUGUAUAGCUUUCAUAUUUCUUAAAUACAUCAUUGUAUACUUGUUAAAGUGCAACAUUUACAAUUUGUUGUUAUAGAAUAUAAAUUAGAACACUUAAGAAUUUUUUACAAACAAUAUUUCAAGGUGUUUUCUUUUGACUCCUAAGUAGUCUUGAUAAAUGUGUACUGUAUCCAUAUAUAUCUAUAUAGCUAUGUAUAUAUGGAUAUACAGAAAAAAGCUCUGUAGUUAUCCACAAGUCCCCCUGUUAAACCAGUGUAUUCAGUAUGAAAUUUGUACAUCAGGCCUAUAUUACUCGUAGUCUAUUGAAUAAAAUGAUUGCUGAAGAAAAGGAAAUGCAUUACAAAUAAAGGUCUUUAAAGAAAAUUCCAUGAAA